UGGAUCAACACAUACAGGCUGAAGUCAUUGUGGUGGUUGGUAUUGUAUGUUGGGUACACGUAUUUACCUAUCUACCACGGCUACGCCUUGACACUAUCAUGGAAUAAAGGAUUCGUUCAGAAUUUCCUUAUAUACGGGUUUGCAGAUUUAUCUGAGGCUGGCGACGAAAUUUUACGUCAUGUUAGUGUGAAUUAUUUCACCAGAACUCUCAUUGGUGUUUCCCAAAUAGUUUCAUUUGAAGAUUCAGCGUCAGUGUGCAAGAUGGCGGGCCCUACAAUCCUUAUGAACAUCAGUGGGACGAAAUAUGAAGUGUCCAACGCGACCUUUGGUAAGCUAAUGGACCAGAACGGAUCGGUGUGUUUAACGGAAGCUACAGUGAAGGACAGCUCCCCAAAAGAAUAUUUUUUUGAGAGACAUUCCGACUCUUUCGCGGCCAUCUUGGAUUUUCUUCAUCACGGAGAGCUCCAUCUUCCCCCGACGGUUUGUCCAAACGUGUUCUCGCGAGAACUCGCGUUCUGGGGGAUAGAUAUCGCGAUAAUGGAGAACUGUUGCUAUCACAACUUCGUCACGUUUGUGGAAGACAGGAAAACUUUGAGAAACUUUGAAAAACAAUCCCAGACGAUUGACACAAGUACCGGGAAACCAAAAAUAUUCUGGUUCCCCCGCCUGGAACGACUCCGAGCCUCGGUGUGGGCCAUCCUUGACAACCCUUCAUCCUCCAACGCGGCAAAGGUCUUCAUGGCGAUUGUGGUGUUAUUUGUCAUCGCUUCGAUGUUCGUAAUCGUGGCCAGUACUCAUCCUUUGUUCCAAAGAAACCUCAGAAAACGGGAAUGGGAGGAAUACCUCGGGGAUGAAUUCCAGUCACAACUGCCAGUCCUUCAAAAAUUUAAUUACAUUGAUGACUAUGACGACGUUUAUGACGAUGAAGAAUACGCCUAUUAUGACGUCACCUCAACUACCGAUCACAACACAACACAAUCGUCACCGACACCAAAAGACUUGAAAAACUUGCCGAACAAGAACACCAAAAUAGCCCAAGCGCAUGCGCGAGUCGAUUCCUUGAAAUACAUUGAGUACGCCGCUCUCAUUUUUUUCACGUUCGAGUUUUUAUUGAGACUUCUGUUUUGUCCAAGUUUAAAGCUGUACGUCACAAACGUUGUCAACGUUUUUGAAUUCAUCGCUCUGGCGGCCUUAUACAUCAGCGCUGGACUGGAACUGUUUAUCCCGUCGAAACGUUUCACAACCACUUCCGCUGACAUCAUAGAAUGCGUGCAGUUCAUGCGCAUUUUCAGAUUCCUCCGCCUUGUUAAAAACGUCACAGGUUUCCGUGUACUCAUGUACUCCUUUAGAUCCAGUGCCAAAGAACUACUUUUACUGUUAUCCUUUCUUGCUUUGGCCGUUCUGCUGUUCGGUAGCGUCAUGUUUUACACAGAAGACAAUAACCAAGUAGGAAGUAUUCCUGAUGCAUGUUGGUGGGCCCUGAUCACCAUGACAACGGUCGGCUAUGGUGACGUCGUCCCGAGAUCAUUUGGUGGCAAACUGAUCGCGGCGGGGUGUGCGAUUAGCGGUGUCUUGCUGUUGGCCGUAACUGUUCCCAUCUUCGUGAACACCUUUAUCUUGUUCUACAGCUACUCAAGGGUCAUAGAUACACGCGCUCUUGAACAGAGGAAGGAGCAGAGAUCAACCAGCUGCCAGGUAUCUUGCGAGAUUUCAAACAAAAUUAGUCCUGUCAGAGAAGGAGUGAGAAUGAAAAAAUUCAUGUCGCAAUAGGACCCACUGAAAGUGAGACUGCUUCCGCGGUCUUUUGGAUCGAACCCCUGUCCGGAGAGCGGAUGGUCGGGUGUUCGACUCCCUUGCCACGUCAUAACAAAAUACGUCAAAGAUGGUAAUUGUUCUUACCCUGCCUGGCGCUCGGCAUUAAGGUAUAUUAGGACUUGUCAGCUCGAAGUCGGUAUAAUGUGAUAAAUGCGGCAUGGUAUCUCGAUGGGCACAAUAAACCCAUACCAGGACAGUCACACACGCGCACGCGGAAGCGCACGAACACGCACACACGUGUUGAUGCACAGUGCUAUAUUUGUUUAUUAUUAAUAAUCAUGGACAUCGAUGUUGAACCCCAUUUCACUGCACCUCACACAUUCAAAGACACACACAGUCUACAGUCUGUAUGUCAGUAGCUCUUGUUAGUCCACGAGAGGUCUCCUUGUCUGUCAGCCCUGUGCUCGUGGGUUUCACUAAAGUGUUAAACGUCUGAAACCGUUCCUCCCACAUUAAGCUGACGCGCCGUGAAAUAAAUGGAAAACUGUUCAAAGCGGCGUUAAACCCAACUCACUCACCCUCUCAAGAAGUUGUGGUUCAUUACAUUUAGAGACGUUUCGAUGUAGAUUCUUGCACCGUUAUCAAGCUGGAGCAUCUUCCCUAGGCAAGAGUGUUCACACCCUUGCUGAACGAACUACGCUGGAAUUUUUGGGCUCGAUCGUAGCUUCACCAGUGGCUAUUACGAGUUAUGUUCCUUCUAUGUCCACACUACUGUCCAAUCAGAUUUCACCUCUCAUAUCACAUGCAUUUGCUUCCAACAAAAUGGCGGCGCCUAGCCGUGACGAUCUCAUCGAUAUAUAGAUCUUUAUUGUAAUAAAACGGGCUUUUCCUCGUGAAGUGCAUCAAAUCACUUGAGCAUCUUGAUGAAAAACAUGAAAAGAUUUGGAAAAUAUGUGUCGACGACGAGUUGACGGUACACAUACUCUGCAAAUCCAGCACUCGAACGAAUUCGGCACGGCAGGUAAAACCCGUUUUAUCACAAUAUAGAUCUUGAUUAUCGAUGGAAUCAUCUUUACUGGGCGCCGCCAUUUUGUUUAAAGCAAGUGCAAGAGAAAGGAUAGGUGGAAUCUGAAUCUUUUUAGUGCUGGUCUCUCUUACAGACCCAGAGCAUAUAUUUAUUAAAACAUUCACUCCCAUUCCCAUCUUAUCCCGAAAUUAAGAGAUUGCAGGGUUCCUUUAUAGAAUUAGUUUGAUUUACACAACUUCUUUAAGUGGACUAUGUAUUAUAGUCCAGGCAAAAUAAGGUUUCACUUGGAACAAAUUGCAACAGAAUUUAUUUCCCCACAAUGCAUUUCUAUAAGGUCCCGAAAACAACAUACUAAAAGUCCCAAGCAAUCCUAGUUUGGGAAAUAUGUCUAAUUUGCAUAAUCCAAUAUGGCCACCAAUUAUCAAUAUAUCUUCCAUAUUUCAGAUGAGGUUCAAUGUUUUGAUGAAAAAAAGUGUUGUUUUGCGAAAUAGCCAUAUUAUGUUUCUAAAAAGAUAAUAUUCACAACUACUGAACGUUUUCGACUAUUGACAAAUCUGC